AUGGAUAAUUUGGGCGUUGUCGAUCAGAGGGUCGACCUGCCGCAAGAGGGGCCCACAUACGACGCGGCGUGGAGUCCCACGGGAAUGGAGUUCAUCAUCAUUUACGGGUUUAUGCCGGCAAGAGCGACUAUGUUUAAUGAGAGGUGCGAACCAAUUUUUGAUUUCGGUACAGGUUCACGAAAUACGAUCUCUUUUUCACCGCAUGGGCGUUUUGUCGCCCUGGCUGGAUUUGGAAAUCUAGCCGGGGCGGUCGAGUUUUGGGAUAAGAACAAGCAGACGCUGGUUGGUCGGGCGCAGCUAUCGUGCACAACGAUGCAUGGGUGGUCACCGUGCUCGCGGUACUUCCUCGGAGCGACGACUUUUCCGCGCUUACGUGUUGACAAUUGCUUUCGUGUCGUUCGGAUUGACGGGCAGUUGAUCCAUGAACACAAGAUGGAGGACUCUUUGCUGCACCAAGUAGUCUUCAAACCGGCACUGCGGGGUGUGUUCCCAGAUCCGAAAACUGCUCUCGACGACAUGAUAGGUGGCCCAAUGCAAGCGCCGACAUCCGCAGGGUCUACUAAAUCACAGAAGAAGGAAAAGACGGGGGUGUAUCGUCCACCUGGGAGCCGUGGAAUGGCAUCAUCCGUAACUCUUCAUGACUAUGUGGAGGCUGGCAAAGUGGACAAAGCAGCCUUCUUGUCUAGCGGUAGCGGGUUGUCUGCAGCGCCUGCGAGGUCAUCGACCGGACGGAAGGUUGUGCCCGGAAUGGACCCUGCGGAUUUUCCGACUGGUCCUUCGAAGGCAGCGAUUGCCAAACAGAAAAAGAAGGAAAGGGAGCGUCAGGUCAAGGCUCAGAAGGAGGCUGCUGCUAAGGAGGCUGCCGCGCCCGUGAAAAGCACUCCUGCAGAUAUACAGACUGUUGAGGCGGGCGAAAAGCUUGCCAAGAAACUGAAGAAAAAGCUUCGUUCAGUAGACGCCCUGAAAUCAAAUCAAGCGGAAGGGAAAGAACUGAACCAAGAACAGCUUGACAAGUUGGCCUCUGGCUCAGCGCUUGAGAAGGAGCUCGCUGAAAUUGAGACACGAAUUAAGGAGCUCUCUGCAUAACGGAAUGGCAUGCACAGACCUUCGAGCUUUCUAGCUAUGCUUGUCGCGUCGGCAAGAGUGCUUGAGUAUUGAACCCGGUUGUCAUCGUCAUGCGUAUUGCAGCUCAAGUACGCAUUUCAGUGUGCGAGGAUCUAAAUUCGUUCUUGAAGACGGCUUGGAUACCUCUCUUUCCUGUCUUCCACCUCUCGCCAUGAGGUCAUGCUUGAAGUGAUAGAAUGCAACAUAUCGGGAAAUGCAGACUGAUAUACGUCUGGGAUAUCUGUGAAAGCGAAUUUAGGUGAGAGAUUUGCAGUUAAACAAGUUAAUAUGGUUGCUGCUCAAAGCAGCAGAGAGCAAUAAAAUUGGAACACAUUGAUUCUGCUAAGGGAAAUAAAAGUGCGAUGAAAUGAGGGAUGU